AUGAAGGCGAACCUCUACGGAAAUCCCCACAGCGCCAACGGUCCCGCCCAUAGAUCCGGAUGCGUCGUCGAUGGUGUGCGGGAGAAGGCCCUACGGUUCUUUGGCGCCGACCCUAGACACUUCGACCUUGUCUUCGUCUCCAACUCCACCGCCGGCAUCAAGCUCGUGGCCGACAGCUUCAGGGAUCUGGCCGAGAAGACAAGGAGCGGCAGCUUCUGGUACGGCUACCACAAAGACGCCCACACCAGCCUCGUCGGCAUCCGCGAGCUCACCCGCGGCCACUCGCACUGCUUCGAGAGCGACAUCGAGGUCGAGCGCUGGCUCGAGAAUCCGGAGCUGCAUGGUCGCGACGGGCGGUAUGACCUGCUCCCUCGGCCCCAGGGGCUGGGACUUUUUGCUUACCCAGGCCAGUCCAACAUGUCCGGCCGGCGGCUGCCCCUCUCUUGGACGGGCGCUGUCAGGUCCUCUGCUCCCCUGCAGAACACGUACACGCUGCUCGACUGCGCGGCCCUCGCCAUGACCAGCCCCCUGCACCCAGUCUUUCGGGACCCCGACAGCGCGCCCGACUUUGCCUGCGUGUCCUUUUACAAGAUCUUUGGGUUUCCCGACCUGGGCGCCCUGAUCGUGCGAAAAGACUCGGGUCACAUACUGACGCUGCGGAAAUAUUUUGGCGGCGGUACCGUCACCAUGGUGUCGGUGCUAGGAGGAACCUGGCACAAGCUGAAGGGCCGGGACGCCGCUGAUCCCUAUGCCGGUGGGAUACGCCAGGACCACGGCGACCGCUCUUAUGAGAUCCACGACGGCCUCGAGGAUGGUACCCUGCCCUUUCACAACAUCCUUGCCCUGGGUGAGGCCAUCGACGUCCACUUGAGGCUGUACGGCUCCAUGGACAACGUCUCCCGCCACACGACCAACCUGUCGAUACGUCUUUACCAGAGGAUGAAAUAUCUAACGCAUGCCAACGGCCGUCCGCUCUGUCAUAUAUAUACCGAGGACGACGGCAGAGGUUUCGGCGACCCCAGAAAACAGGGGGCCACGGUAGCUUUUAACCUACUUGACGCUGGUGGUUACUAUAUCCCGUAUGCCGAUGUCGAGAGGAUAGCGAACGAGCAUGGAUGUUAUGUGAGGUCAGGCGGAAUAUGUUGUCCAGGUGGUAUCUUCACUGCUCUCGAGUACGAGCCGUGGCAACUGCAGCGAGCAUUUUCCGCUCACCACUCAUGCGGGCCGGACGGCAUCAGCCUGAUACAACAGCUUCCCACAGGGUAA